GGUGAAGUGGUUUCGCGCAGCAAAUCGGUCGCCACCGAAGAGCAGGUAUACCGAGCCGUACACAGGUCUUGUCUCGCUCUAUCUCCUUUGCCACUAUGAAGUUCUUUAUUGUCAUUGCCAUGCUCGCCCUGGUGGCUUGCACGACUUUCGCCGAAGAGGCUGCCAAGAAAGACGAGAAAAAGGAAGAUAAGAAGGACGUGGAAGCCCGUGGUGGCGUCCUGGGUGGCUUGGGCGGUUAUGGCGCAGGCGUCGGACCCGGCCUUGUGGGCGCUGGACUUGGAGGCCCCGGGCUUGUCGGUGGUGGAGUAGUCGGCAGCCCAGCUCUUGUCGGAGCCGGUCUCGGGCAUGGAGUUGGCCUGGGACACGGCGUCGGCGGCGGCUUCCAGUCGGGAUACGGUGCUACUGCCGGAGGACACCAGGCUGGCUUCCAGAAGGGCGCCGCGGGACACAACCAGGGAUCCGGUGCCUUCGCUGGUGGCUCUGCCCAUAGGAACGUCAAUGCCUACAACACCAACCAGGGCUACAGUCACAGCUCGGGCUUCUCCGCCAGCGACAGCAAGAGCUUCGGUUCUGGCCACCAGCAGGGUUCCUCUGGUUUCCAGGGAGGUGCCGCUGGAAACCAGGCCGGAUUCGGACAGUCCUCUUUCGGAAAGGCGGCGGGAGUGGGCCACGCGGGCGUCGGCCUCCACGGCUAGAGACGACAUUAUUCUUUCAACAUCAAAUCAUUACAAAAUCGCCACAAUUAGGGAUUUUGUAAAACACUAAUUUGCUCAGUGAGCGUGCACAGACGCCUAUAUACUGUCUCUCAGUGCUUCUUUUUUAUUAUAUUAGCUGCCUGUCUUAGGAGAACUUUAUAGAACAGAGCACUGUAAAUUUUGUUGCUGUCUCUACGUUUAGCAGCUAAGUCAUCCAAAGAAUGAAUAAAAUGUGUCUGUCAAAA